AGACCUCCAUUACACGAACAAAACGACAGAUGCAAAUAAAAUUAAAUCUUCGAAGUGUUUGCAAAACUAUAAAAAUAAUUAAAUAAAUAAAAACUAUUUGGAGAAUGUGCGGCAUUCACCAAACGGGAGGGGCAUUUUUAACAAAUUAGUGAGUAAAUCAAAUGGGAGACAAAAGUUUCACCAUAAAGAAGAGGAAUAACGCUUGAAUGAAAAGAGCAAUCAAAAAGGUAGAAUUAAAAUCUGGAUUAAGUCCAAGCCUUAUGAGAAAGUUAACUUACAAUUUAAAGCAGUUGUAAGAGGCUUAAAAUACUAAAAUGGAAGAAUUGGAGCCCUGGAAUAUGUUUACUACAAACGACGCAAACCCAGACGAUGCGGACGUUGGUGGUGGAGAAGAGGAAGGAGGUGGUGAAAAAGAGGCCGACGACAAUGAAAGGAUAGAUGAUGAGCAAAAAGACGAUGAGGAAGAAGUUGACGAACCUUUCGCUAUACCAUCACCAGUACAGGACAUGCAGGUUAAGGAAGAGCCUCAGGACACUGAAUUGGAAGAACCCAAUCAAACAUUCGAAGAUGCAUUUGGCGAUGGCAAUGGUUUCGGUUUUCAUUCUAUACUUCACGGUGAUAGAGAUAUUGCUGAAGAUGAUGCUUUAUUGGAUUUCAACGCCGAAAAUUCAAACUCUGCCCGUCCUAGCGCUAACAGAACUACACAAUCAGGCGAACUUCCUCCUUUGUCGGCGGAAGACGCUUAUUUUAGUAAGUUAAUUAAAUAUGAUGAUGCAAUUAUCUACAUUUGCCCUUCCUGUGGCAAGGAGUUCCGUUCUCAGGAAUCUUGGAAAAUGCACAUGAAUACAGUGCAUCACUUCAAUUCUAGGCGAGGUCUAAAUUUCAUCCAGUUGGAUAAAUUGUACCACGAAUGCAUCGAAUGUAAUAAGCGAAUUGCUAUGCAUAGCAUGGAGAACUUACUAAAACAUAAAUUCACGCAUCUGCCAUACCGUUGUUGUAAAUGUUUCAUAUGCAAACGCCAAUAUAAAUACCGACAAGAUUUGAUGGUCCAUUUGAAAAUGGCUCAUAGAGAUGAAUUGAUCGCAAUUGUUAAAGAGGAGCAUAAAAAUAUGCCGCCACGACCAGAAGCACAAAAUGCCACCAUUCGUUCAAUACUGAAUAGACCAAGUUCUAUACAGGUUGCAAAUUCCUCCUCUUCCAAUCGUGCAAAUAUUUCUAUUGGUCAUGUUAAGGAGAAUGCUGUCGAUCUUUUUGAUAGCGAUAACAUUGAAGUUCGCAAUGAAGUAAUAGAUGACGACGAUGAAGAUAAUUCUCUGCCAGGAAUGCCACCGGCGAAGAGGAUUGCCAGAGACUUGCCCUUAGUUGUGGAUGAUGGCUCAAAUACAAAUGGUUCGACACAAGAUCAGAGAAUGUUUGGCAAAUUGAGAAUAUUGGCCGACAUUGAUGAGUCAUUGGAAGAAUAUAUAUUAUUCUUAUGUCCUCAAUGUGGCUCGGAGUGCGACACUAUUGAGCAGUGGCAGCAACACGUUGAAUUUUCACACGAUUUGGGCACUAGAAAAGGUUUGAACAUGAGAGACAUUAACAAAGGAGAAGCUCAAUGCAUCGAAUGCAAUCAGACCAUAACAGCCAAUACAUUACAAAAUCUUCAACUGCAUAAAUUCACUCAUUUGCCCCAUAAUAAAUGGAUGAAUUGUAAAUUAUGCUUCAAUGAAUUUAAUGCCACCAAGGAUAUUAUCAAUCACCUUGCUGACAAGCAUCAUUUAAAACCAGAAAAAAAGACAACAAACAAUGUGAACGAUGAAGAUAGCCAAGAAGCUCUUGGUUUCGGUGGCGAAGACUACGACGAUGUUGUCGGUGUAGCUGAUACAAAAAAGCAACAGGGCAGCUAUGAUAUGGGUAGAUCUAGACUGGAUCGUGAUCCUUACGAACAGCAUAUUGAAUAUUUAUGCCCGCAAUGUGGCAAGGAGUUUAGCGACAAAAAAUUGUGGAAAAGACAUUUGGUUAAUGACCAUCAGAUGGGCGAUAUGGAAAAGUUAAAUUUUGUAUACAUCAACGAUCGCCAGUUGAAGUGCAAGGAAUGCGAUAAAAUCAUAACGAGUGCAUAUGGCAUACAGAACGCCCAGCAACAUCGCAUGUCGCACAUGCAGUUUAAGAACUUUGCAAAAUGUCGCAUAUGCCGCAAAAAGUACACAGAUCGUAAAGGCCUAACCAAACACUUGAGGACAGCUCAUGGGAUAGGCAACAGAACUAUGGGUGGUGCUGGAUCGCCAAUACCGAAUUUUGGUAGCCCCAGCAUGAACUCAAAUAACCCACACGCCUUCAAAUCGAAUGCAUACCCACAGAGAAGAGAAAUCGUUAAACACAGCCAUUAUACAUAUGAAAUUUGUUACUUGGACGAAGAGGAUGAUAACGAUUUCGAUAGGGGCACUGGCCGUGGUGGUGGUGGUGUUAAUUCUUCCACUUAUGACUUUGCUAAAGGCGAUGCUCACUUAUAUCGUCGAUCUUACCCAGCUCCAAAACCGAGUUUUGAACCAAUGUCCCGUCACAGAUGUGUGGAUUGUGGUUCCAGUUUUCCCUCCCAUCAGUCAUUGCAACAUCAUAUUAAAACCGAACAUGAAUUUGUUGACUACUCCUACAAAAAUUCUCCUCCGAACAGAACGACAAAUAAUGAAGAGCAGUCAAAUGAUGCAGACGAUUUGUUGGUGCCUAGCAAUCGUGUUGGUGAAGUCGUCAAAAGCGAAGAACCCACCACCGUGGAGUGCAACUUCAUAUACAUAUGCCCCCAGUGUGGUAUUGAGUUCAGGUUAAGGCAUUUAUGGCGUCGUCACAUUAAUAUGGAGCACAAUUUCGAUAAAAGAGAAUCAUUGGAUUUCCGCAUUUUAGACAAAUUCCGAUUUCAAUGCAGGACAUGCCAUGAAGUGGUGCAAAGUUCUAAGCUUAAAGGCUUACAGGAUCAUAAAUUCCGUCAUUGUCCAUUUAGGCAAUAUCUUAAGUGUUUGAUAUGUGGGCAAGCCUACAACCAUAAACCGAAUAUGAUAAGCCAUCUGAGGCAGCGUCACAAUAUUAUCGAUGCAGAACCGAAUGUGCAAGGCAACAUGAUGGAUGGUGUGAAUCAAAGAAGCAACCAAUCGAGUUUUUCAAAAAAUAGUUCCUCUUACGGGGCUCCAAAAAUUCCCUCCGAUUCCAAUGCCAAUGCGAAUGCAAAUCGUCCUCCCGGUCUUAAGACCGCAGAAGACGUCAUUUCCUACCACAAUGCCGUUGACCAUGAAUCAAUCACCUAUCAUUGUCCCUCUUGUGCAGAAACCUUUGAUUCGCAUGUUUAUUGGCGCAAACAUAUUGUUGACGAGCACAACUUGAAUAGUAGAGAAGGUUUAAAUUUCCGCCAACUUGAUGACCACCACUACAUAUGCUUGCAAUGCUAUAAACGUGUAACGGUCACCCACACCAAGGGGGCGAUUGGCCAAUUGCAAUCGCACAAGUUUAGACAUUUGCCCUAUAAGUCAUUCCAUUGUACUGUAUGCAAUGGUGAGUUUGUGCGUAAGCAAAUGUUCUUCAAACAUUUGGACAAGAUCACCAAUAAGUGUAAUGGCACAAAUGCAGAGGCUGGUGCCACAGGCAAUGCAGCAGAUCGCAAUGAUUCGCAGCAAAUGGACGAAGAUUCGUCCUUCAGAAUGUCCGAUGGUGGAAAUAGUACGAUGGUUGAGGCAGAUAGUGCUCGACCCUCAGGGAAGAAUGUGUGGCCAACACGAGCCUCGUUGCCGGCACAGCCAACCACCUACGACUUGACAUCCGAGAAUCAGGGCUGUUUCACCCUAAGCUGUCCUCAAUGCGGCAUUGAAUUCGACUCGACUCGUUCUUGGCGGGAGCACAUUAACAUCGAACAUAAUCUCAACAGCCGUUCGGUAUUGAAUUUCAAAAAAAUCAACUCAAAACUUCAUCUUUGUUUAGAAUGCAAAGAGCACGUGAAUGGUCGCAAAUUGCGCGACUUGCAAGUGCACAAGUUUAAGCAUUUACCCUAUGGGGCAUAUCUGCACUGUCGUUUCUGUUCCAUGAAUUAUUUCCAUAUAAGCAAUAUGCAAGAGCACUUGAAGAACAAGCAUCCCCAAAUGGUGCAGAAAAUGAAAGUAGACCACUAUGAGGAGGAUACGGCCAAUUUUGAGGCAGAAGAAGAGGAGGAUGCAAACAAUUUCGCUGGUGGCGAUUAUGAUGAUACCAUGACAACCCCACCCAAGGCAGACGAUGAUGAAGAGGACGAAGAGGGAGAGGGAGAUGGUGAGGGAGAUGGUGAGGGCGAUGGUGAGGGCGACGGUGAUGGUGACGACGGUCCACCAUGCCCCGAAGAUAUAGUGGACAUUGAUUUGUUGGAGGCCGAAGCUGAAAUAGAAGAGGUUGAUCCUGAUAAUGUUGAAUCCGAUGACCAAUAUCUAUUGGGUUAAAGUGGCCAAGCAGCCAGGCACAUAAAAUAAAGCAAAUAAAGCAUUCAUAACAAACAUCUACGCAAAAUUAAAACGAUUUGUAUUAAGGCCCCUUGAACAAAACUAUGUAUAAGUAUAUAUGUAUUCCAUAUGUACUACAUCACCUUCCAUAACCAUUUCAUUUCAUCCAUUUCCCUCACACCCUCACUUCAAUAAUUUUAUAAAGUUUUAGUAUUAUUUAUCUUUUUAGUCUUUUUUUUUUUGGUAUUACAGUACGAUCAAACGUGUUGUAAAUUUCCUCAAUGUCUGCUCUAAUUUAUACUCCCGUUUAUUUCUGAUGCAAACAGAUACUCCAUGCCCCUCAGUAAUCUCACACCACGAAUUGUAUUCUAUUGCCACAUUUAUAAAUGCUUUCUUUUUAAAUUAUAAAUUAAGUUCGUUCACCCCAUAAUUCUCAUAAUUUCUUUUGCUUAAUUGUUUAAAACAAAAGAAACAUUUAGAAAUCAUUACUAAUACUAUUUACCAGAAACAAAUCAACAUUAUAAUAAAGUUUCAAUUGUAAAAUUAAA